AUGCGUUGCUGCUCGGCGUCCGCAGCACGCGUCCUGACGCUCUUUUGCAUCGCGCUCUUUUCAUCCCAGUCGCUCCUUCUCGUGAACGCGGAGCCGUCGGCGGACGGUCUUGGCCUCCCUGUACUUGACGGUGGAGGCUCUUCGACCCCAACCUCUGCAGCGCCGACGACCACGUCGACUUCUGUCGUCCCUACAACCUCAUCAAGCUCGUCUGAGGUGACCACGGCCUCGCCCACGAGCACGACGUCGUCGAGCACCCACUCCUUGUCCACCUCGUCUUCCGUGCACAGCAAGUCCUCCUCGACAGCUCCUCUCCCUGCCACUUCGUCGACAUCGUCGUCUUCUAGCUCUUCGUCGUCGGUCUCCUCUUCCUCUUCCUCCUCUUCGACCAGCGUUUCGUCUUCGUCUUCAUCCGCCUCGUCUACUACCUCGGCCUCAUCGUCCUCUUCUUCCUCGUCUACCAGCGUUUCCUCGGUUAGCCAUACGAGCACCGUCACGUUUGUUGCGGCCGCUACGACCCAUGCGCUUCCGACCGACACCUCCCCAACGUCCUUCACCUGGUCGACGUCGGCCUCGCCGACCGCCACAGAUGCUGCAUUGAGCGGCACAUCAGCAUCUUCGAAAGGCUUCUUCGAUAACAAGGGUGCCGUCGCGGGCACGUUCUCCGUCGUAGGUGUAGUCGUUGUUGGUGGGAUCAUAGCGGCCAUCAUAUACGCGAAGCGUCGCGCGGCACGCCUCCAGGACGAGGAGGACAUGACCUACUUCGAGAAGUAUGAGGCCCCGAAUAACAGCAGCAUGGCGAGCUUCAACGACGGUGCCCACGGCUCCGAGCCGGAGAUGAGCUACGCGGGCCAUGGCGGCGCGCGGGAAAUGGACGUGAACACCGAGCCGCUUGCCACCCACGCGGCCGUCGACGCCUACCCCGACCGCGCGACGCACUUCGGCCUGCCGACCAUGGAGGAGUACGCCCAGCCCUCGGACAUGGGCCUGAGCUUCGGCAACGCUGGAGUAGACUAUCCCCCGGGCAUGGCGCCCAACGCCGGGGUGGAAUACCCUCCUGGAAUGGCGUACAACCCGACGCAAUAUGGAGGCUACGAGGGCGGAUACGGCUACGCUGCGACUCAGCACCAGCAGCCGUACUACGACCCGUCGAACCUCGCGCCGGUGCCUGCCACCCACCCGUACGCCAACCCGAGCAACUCGCCGCGGAUGACUGCCGCGCCGCCUGUGCAGCAGCAGUACUACGGCGAGGCUGCUUGA